AUGGCAAAAAGAGCAGCCGCUGAUGAGUUAGCCUCGACGACAAAAAUCUUCACCAGUCUAGCUUUAUGGAAUCCGUUGACUGGUGCCUGCUACAAGUUGCCGCCUCACCCCAAAGGUUAUGAUCCCCAUAGCGGUCUCAUUGGUUUCUAUUCCGACUCCUCCAAUGACUAUAAGCUUGUACAUAUGGUUUUCUGGGGUGCCGUCGCGGCUUAUAUCUAUUCCCAAAGAUUGAAUUCGUGGAGAAAGAUUGAAUUUGUCAUUGGCGAGUGUUACUUUGACCAAUGGUCGCAGGCUACCUUCUGCGACCAUAGUCUUUACUUUUGGGUAAGACACUAUGAGCACGAUCAUGAAUACAUUAUUUGUUUUGAUGUGAACACGGAGGACUUCAGGAUAAUACAAUUUCCACCUCUUCCAAGUGGUGCGACCCGUCUUCAUUCAAGUUUAGUGGUUAUCGACGGAUGCAUUCACUUGUGUGUAGCCUAUAACAUUCGUAAAGAUUACAUAUGGUUCAAAAGGGGAAACAUGUGGAAGUUGAUGCCUGGUGAUUCGUGGGUGGAGGUGGCCUAUUUCCCAGGCGCUCCAGAUGAUGAUGAUGAUUUAUCGUUGGACAUCCCCAACGUAUGCAUCACUAGGAAUGCCCGAGAUAGCUGGCUUGCGAUUAUGGACGGUAACAACAACUCAUUUGAAAUAAUGAACAUGGAGGAUUUCACAUUAAAAGAGCAUUCGUGUUCUUCAUCUUCGUUAGUUACAUAUAGGCGAGUCAUAUAUGAGGAGACCCUUGUGUCCCCCAAGCCUCAUGAUCAAAGUGUGGAUGAAUCAAAGGUUUAG